CGGUUGGUUUGUUGGAUCCGGGUCCUUACACUACGUCGAGUCGACCCGAUAUUGAUAUCAAUCAAACCCGUCCAAUCGUCGAUCGAGACGAUCAGAAACAGAGAGAUGGUGGUCAGACAGAGAGCAGUGGUGGCAACACUCCCUAACCUCAUUCGGAGCCUCCGAAAGGAAUGUCCAAAGCCCACGAACCAAGCGGUGUUGCCGUCGUUGAGACGCGCUUUCUCUCUCUACGAUCAGAUCAAUCUCAUCGACAACGUCCCCGAAGACCAGCUUCGCUUUCAAAGGUAUACGGACACGGGUUUCACCGUAAAUGGCGUGGAUUAUGAAGGCAGCUUGCUCUGUAUUGGGAACUUGCUAAUGUCUUGGGCCCCCAAGAAAUUCUCAGAGAUUACUCCAGAUAGCUUAUCUAUCUUCCAAACUGUGCGGACUAUACCCGAGAUUUUGAUACUUGGCUGUGGGAGGUACAUUGAGCCUGUAGUUCCUGAACUUAGGAGCUUCAUUCGGUCUACUGGCAUGAAGUUGGAAGUCCUUGACUCGAGAAAUGCUGCAUCAACUUACAACAUACUGAAUGAGGAGGGUCGGAUCGUGGCUGCUGCAUUUCUCCCAUAUGGGGUUUCCUCUUGAUGCCUAGAUCCAGCUCGUGAUGUUUGUUUUUUCAUUUUCAGCUUAUUUGGGAUGCAUUUGAGGGAAGAUAACUUUUGUUUUAUGUAAAUGAGGUCGAUUUGGAAUGUUGAUCUUUCUGCAUCUCUUGAGUCAUUUCCCCACUGGAAGUUUUGAUUUUUGAAGGACUUCUGCUCAAGUUGGCCUCGAGCUUUAAACUUUAAAGCAUUAUCUUUGACAUAUUGUCUUGAAUUUUCGGUGUAACUAAUUGAAUACACAACAUUGGUUUAUUUUUCUUGCA